UGAUGUCUUGGCGAGGGGGAGAGCUGGCUGACGCUAGCCGGACUGGUUGACGCCGUAAGCCCUACCGCCGCAGACGAGAGAGGACCUUUCGCGCUUCGAUUCCCGUAGGAUUACUAGACUUCCUUCUCUCCUUCUUCUUCUUAUUGUCAUGUAUUCUGCUUCUACUUCUGCUUCUUUGAGCCUUCUGUACGCGCUGUUGUUGUGAAUUGAGCUUGCUAUUGUUGUGCUGAGCGGGAGAACGGCAAGCUGUGCUACUAUUGUGCAUACGGCUGGACCCUGGGCUUUUUCAGCUGGAGGUGUCAGCCUUGGGCGUGUCAGCCUGAAGAAGGACGACGACGACGACGACGUGGAACGAGUUGAGAGGAGGAUUGUGGAUUAAUAGGAGGAAGGAGAAGAGAAGGAAAAUAUCCGGACAGAGACGCGUUGAGGUCAACGACAGCAGAUAUACCCGGACGCUGUGAGGAGGACAGUAAUACCCGAAGUCUGAGAGCCCAAGAUACACGAUAUCGACGAUUCGAGAUACUCGGAACAAGAGCUCGACAAAGACAAAACAGGGACAAGAUCCCACGGUCCAUAUACACACAGUGUCACCAUGUUCAUCGAUCAGCCGCGUCUGUCGCGGCGUGAGAUGAAGGGAACCCAGCUGGGUCAGAUUAUAGCAGGCUCAAUCAUACUCGCCCUCGCUGCCAGCAUAAUCGCCUACUACUCCCUCCGCAGUUUCCGCCGCAACCAUUCCAAACCAACAUACCUACCAACCGCCUACCUCAAACGCAAAUGGAUACACUGGGACGUCCCCCAAUACCGCAUGUCCCGCACCGAUGCCACCCACCUCGAACCCAUCUCCAGCAACAGCACCGCAGGCCCCAACCGAGGUCAACCCCCCUCCACAGGCGACAGCAGCGCCAUCCUGUCCGCCCCCUUCAACUUCGGCGUAAAUUCCACCUCCAAUCCUAAUGCGGCGCCCUCGAGCGCCUCGGCAAUUGACCGCAACACCUCCGUGCGGUCCAUCGCCACCCUCCCCGAAUACGCCUUCUACCCCAAGUCGACGGAGCAAGUGCUCGGCCGCGCCGGCGAGCGCGACGGCAUAGACACCGUCGUCAAGUUCCCUGACAUCGCCGAGGCGGCCGAGGAAGAGCGCCGCGAAGAUGAAAUGGAAGCACUGUACCAGGUCCGCCUCGCACGACGCAACGAGAUCGCUGCUCGCGAGGAAAGGCGGCGGUUGAGACGCGAGGCCCGCGACCGCGGCGACCUCGAUGCUCUUGCUGAGCUGAGGACCAGAGGGCGCGCAGAAAGCAACACUAACCUCGAUGCCCUCCGCGCGGAGCACUCGCGGCUACGUGAGCGCGAGCGUGCUGUCAGCCAAGUCUCAUACGAAGGCCUAGGCGUAGCCCACCUCGACGGCUCACGCGUUCGCGCCAACUCCGAGGAAUCCGAGCGUCCCCUCCUCGGAGACGCGGGCGAUAUGGGUGGUGGUGGACGCGCAAGCAUGGGCAGUUUCUCGACCUUCGACAACACCACCCGCUACAGCGAACGCUACAGCGAAGACGACCCCGGCCGCCCACCAAUGUACGACGAGAUUUCCCUCGGAGCCGGCCGCGACGUCCCACCAGGAUACAUGCCCAGCGCGCACGCCAGUGGGGGAAACAGUCCACGCACGCGCCCAGAUCUCUCACUCGGCUCGCACCCAGUCACUGAACUCGAUCUCGGCCUUGGCAUCUCACCAGCCCCCAUCAUCGAGCGCCGCGCUAGUGCAUCCCCACCCGUUCCCUUCCCCGAUAUCGAGGAAGGGUAUGACACCGACGACGCCGCGGAGCUGAACAGACUGAACAGACUUAACAACGCCAGCGGUAGCGGCGCGAGUAGUUCCGGUGCCGCCGCAAACGCAUCGAACUCCCGCCGCGCAUCAGCUACGUUUAUCGAUCCCGUCGCACAGCGCCGCCUCUCUCCCAGCCCAGGCCGUCGCGUCUCUCCGCCUCGGCACAUCCAGCUCCCGCGCGCGGCGUCGUUUCCCGUCGUCGCUUCGUCGGAGGGGGGAUUAACACCUCCUUCGCAAUCACCUUCGCCCACACCACACGGCGCUGCUCCAGGCGGAGGGGCAUCUGGUGGUUCUAGCGGUUCUGGUAGCGCGAGUGGAGACCCAGCGCCCCGUCGUAUGUCGACGCUUGCGCGGAGGAGGAUCUCGGUGAAUGAUUUGAUGGGCACAGUUGGUCGUGCGGCAGAGGAUGUGAUACCCCAGAAGACGACGUAUGUGUUGCAUACACCCCCGAUACCGUCUACCACCCCACCGCUGGGUGAGAGGAGGAGGAGUUCGUUUAUGGGACUCCCGCGCCUGGGCGGUGGGGGUGGGGGGAAUGCAGGACAGGUGCAGGGGGGGUUGGGGGUGGGACCUAGUAUUGUUGUUGAGAGCGCUACGCCUGUUGUUGGACCUGGAGGGAGGGGGAGGGGGGCGUUGGGGUGGGAGAAUGAGAGGGCUGGUGGGUGAAGAGGGGAUGGAGAAGGGGAGGUUGGUUGGGUGUGGAUUUAGCGGGUGAAUAUGGGGCGGGCGUUUUUGGUUCUUUGCGGAAACUUUUCGCGGUUUUUUUCUUGAAGGUUCUUUAUAUUGGCAUAUAUUGCCGUUAUCACUUACUAACUAACUCUUUCUUUUCGUUGUUUAAUUUUUUGGGGGG